UCCAAUCCCUUACCAAUUGGAAAGAAUAUAGACUAACUGAUUUGCAGAGUGAGAUCAUUGUUUUGUCAGUGAGGACUUCAUGAUACAUACUGCACCUGCAACUGUGACUUAUGUCAGUACAAAAGCAUGACAUUACCACCUUUCAUUAUCUAAAGUUUCUAUAGAGAACAUGAGAAUCAUUGCCUGCAUACAUGGAAAGAGUGGUAUAUCCCUUUCCUCAGGUCUUCCACACAUUCAUAACAUGUUAUUAAACUCCAAGGCACAAUCCUAGUUUUGCCUCUUAUUCACUGUGCAUCUCUGAACCAAAUGCUUCAUUAAAAAAAAGCAACAUCACCACGUUUUUCUAAUUGGAAUGGACUAGAUUUUGAAAGUAUAAAAGCUUUUAAUAUAGAUGAUUCACAACCUACUAUAUUUUCCCACCCUACUAACGCUAAGAUCUAACUUCUAUUACUUGUUUAUCCUUUUCUCUCCUAGGAUUCUUUUCCUAUAUCAUGCAACACCAUAAAAAUCGACAUAAGACAACUACAUUUCCAACAACAUGAGCACGUUAUGAAUUUCUGGCCAACAGCUAAAGAACAUCUAAAUUAUUUUAAAUAACUAAGGUCUACUCCGUAGCCCCAACCCCAUCUCCCUUGGAGUGCUUACUCCAGCAGCAGGGUUUUGUGACACUUUUCCAUCAAUCCUGGACUCAUUUUUACCUGACUCGUGUACUCCUUGAAUAUUCAGACCUGCUUUAUUCUAUUUGAACCACACAUUCAUACUGUUUCAAUGUUUCUUCCCUUCCCAUGACUAUGUCACACUAGUUAGAGAACUCCCCAACUCCUUAGCUUCAAAUGCGCUGUUCCUAUUCUCCUCCAUAUCGGUCAUUUUGGGUUUACCUGGUAGCUUUGUGGCAGUUAUGUUGGAUGAUACUCUCUCAAGGGGACAAGAAGCAAGAAUGCAUUUCCUCAGUGUCACAUUGUGAGCUAUGCCAGAGGCAACACACUACAGCCUAUUUCCCAGAGACAAAGACUGAAGAAAGCAAACGACCUUUACAUAUUAGUAUUUCUUAAGAAUGAGACAUCUAUUAACAUUUAAGUCCCCUGCACUGAAAAUGUUAUUUAUUUUACACUAUCAUAUACUAUACUCUGAUACUAAUCAGCUACCUUCCACAUAUAAAUGGCAUCUUUUUUCAGGUUUAUAGCCAGGGCAAGCUCUCUGUCCUUGAUAUUUUCCUGUUGAACAACUCCCACACUUCCCACAAACAGAAACUUGAAUUUAGAACUAUUCUUAAGUAUGUUUUUCCAAGGAAUUAUCAUCUUAAGACAGAGAUGAUAUAAGAGGAUAAUUUCAUCCAACCACCUUGCUUCCCGAUAAUCCUUGGCUUAAGCAUGUUUGUUUGCAAGACAAGUUAAUGGAAACUUUUUUCUUCCUUUUUUUUUUUUUUUUAAUAAACAAAGGAGAAAAUAAACAUAACCUGUAGCAAGAUUUCUUAGUUCCUUAAAAUAUAUCUUGGGGCAAUAAUGCAAGAUUCCAGAACACCAAACAGGUUCCUUCUUUUCUUGGGAGAAUAUAUAAGAGCACAGGCUUUUUAGCAAACUGAAAUUUUAAUUCAAAACCACAGUUACUCGAAGACACUGCUAUCAAAAACCAGUUAUACACCAUAUAACAGAGCUGUAAGACAACUGCAGCCUGGAAAUUGAUCAAAAAAUAUUUACUUUUAACCUGAAAUUCCUUUGGGACACAUUGCCUCAAAGCAUUCUCUACCCUGUGCCCUUCAUAACUAAGGGGCAGGGCAGAAAAACAAGCUGACCCUUAUUUUUGCUGCAGUCAAAAAAAAAAAGCUGUUUCAGCAGAGGUAAUGAAUAGAGUGUGAUGUAGAACAGAGAUUACACACCUCAGAGCUUUAAAGAGAGAAUUCUGUCCUUUGCUUGUCUGCAAGUCUUCCUCUUCCAGUGGACCUCAGCAUACUAAAACUAACAUUGGCAGCAUACAAAUUAAAUCAAAGAUCAAAUACAGAGUCUUCUUUUGUAUCAGACAUUUUAAUAAAGGUACUCAAUAAUCUAGAAACAGCAAAUAAAACUAUGGAACCUAAACAGGAGUUUUUGGUAAAUCAGGAAAAAGACAAAAACAAACAAAAAGCACAAAGAACAACACACCAGACCCCCAAAAGAAGCCACUGAAUCUAAUGACAACCAGUAACAAGAGUUCCAUAAGAUCAGCUUAACUACUUCACAUAUGCCUUUUAACUUAAUGCAUACCAAAUAUCAUUUUUGUAUAUACACUCCCUGAUAAAUGGGUCUAUAGACUAAGUAGACAGAUGAAAGAAUAUUCUAAAUGGCUGCUUCGCAAUUAAGCACAAGAACCUUUAAAUAUAUAUAUUUUAAACAAAGGAGAUAGUGAAUUUGAUGUAAAUGAACAUUUUGAAAAGAAUUGAAAAGAAUUUAGGACAAACUUUAUCAUCAUGACAAAUUAACAAUGGUGGUCUAUUAAUCAGGAUCUGUUAUUCUCCUAGGCAGAGGUAAUUGUCUUUAUCAAGACUUGCCUAGCCACAUGUCAUCAGUUUGGAGAGAUUCCCUGAUGAGUAACAAAUUAAAGUUAUAAAAAGUCAAAGAUUCUUGCAGUACCCUUAGAACAUUUGACAAGGAUGUGAAAACUGUGUUCCUAAACCUGUCAGCUAUAAAGAUGCCUACCAAAACAAAUACAAACUUAAUCACCAGUGGAUCUGCAUGAUAAAAAUAGUGGGGUGUUGGGAAAAGCCCUUCUAGGAGAUAAGGUAUGCCAGCAUGACCAAAAUGAAAUGCAGCAUGUGCAUUCCUCCUCCUCCCUCCCUCCCCCGAAUAGAGUAUGCUUAUGAAAGCAGGUCAAUAAUCCUUAAACUCUGAAAACAGCUUAGUGCUAGGCAAAACUGGGCCUGAUUCUCACUCCUACAGACUGUCUUGUUCCCUUCCUUACUCCCAUCCUACUCCCUACGUCCUGCUCCCUUUAUCCAUCCUGUAGCCCAGUCUGAUCUUUGGCUAUGUUUUCAAUAUCACACAGCUUUUAACUGUACCCAGAAAGUGCACAGCAACACAUGACUGCCUGAAUUACUACAGCCAUAUAAGAGGGACUCCAUAUCUACACAGUAUCUUUUUUAAAGACUAGCCUGCAGCUUGAGAUCCUGGUUCCAAACAAGGUUUCAGCAUGGGUUAACUCAAAUAGAAGAAAAUGCAGCAGCAGCUAUGUCUGAGGAAUGGCCAGAAACAUGGACAGACCUCGCUGAUGCUCUUCAGGGCUCCUUGGUCAAUGUUCCACCUAGGUGCAUAACACAUUACAGAUGUACCUCCAUGGAUAUUGCUGUGUUCAAUAACACAGGCAGCCAUUCAACAGUCUAAUUUUUAUUUUUUAAUUUUUAUUGUGGACAUAUAGUUAUAGAACAGCUACAUCAAGCUGACAAUUUCUCUUUUUUUAUUUUUUUGGAUUGAUUGUUUUUAACAUGGAAUAUGUCUUCAAGCAAGCUUCUGAAAUAUUUACAGGACUUUUUUCUUUAUUUGAAAGCAAAAAGGGAAAUUUAGAAUAACCGCACAGGCCAGGCUGAGCGUUAUACCCACAGUCAUUUGAAAGUGAACUAAGAAAAUAUUGGAUAUUGGAGUUAACUCUCUGUCUUGCAAGAGAGGAAAAAAACAAGCUAAGAAAAACUGAGUACAAAAACCAUGAGAGACCGCCUCCAAGAGCUUAAACUGAGAGCUAAGGAACUACAGAUAGUUGGAGAAAACAACCACCCACCUGUACAAGAAGAGCAGGAAGAGUUUGAACAGCAGGCCAUUAUUUACGAAAGGGAGCCCAUAACUGAAAGGCAUUUCCAUGAAAUCCAGAAGCUUCAGAAUGAAAUCAAUAAUUUGGUGGACGAAGUUCAUAAAUUUAGUCAACAACAAAAGAGCCUAGUAUCUUCAAUGAGAAGGUUCAGUGUUCUCAAAAAGGAAUCUAACAUAGCAAGAGAAAUCAAAGUUCAAGCAGAACACGUAAGAAAGGGUUUGGACGAACUGUCAAAAACAGUGAAAAAAGCUGAAAGCGAACAUGGGUUAUCAUCUGCCAUAGUAAGAAUUCUAGCUUCCCAGCAUGCUUUCCUAUCCCGGUGUUACCUAAAUGCUAUGCUCUCCUACAACGAAGCUAUAACAGUCAAGCAAGAGAAAUGCAGAAGAUUUAUCGUUCGUCAGCUUGAAGUAGCUGGUAAGGAGGUAUCUGAGGAAGAAGUCAAUGACAUGCUUCAACAAGGAAAAUGGGAUAUUUUCAAUGAAAACCUACUCACUGAAGUCAAAAUUACGAAAGCUCAACUUUCAGAGAUUGAACAGAGACACAAAGAACUAGUCAGUCUGGAGAACCAGAUCAAAGACUUGAAGGAACUUUUUAUCCAGAUAUCGCUUCUGGUAGAGGAGCAAGGGGAGAUGAUCAACAACAUUGAGAUCAGUAUGAACAACACUCAAGAAUACACUCAAAUAUCUAGAGAAAAAUUUGGACUUGCAGUCAAGUAUCGGAAAAGAAACCCUUGCAAAGCAAUAUGCUGCUGGUGUUGUCCAUGCUGCAAAUGACAAAGGAAAAAAAAACAUUUGAAGCAGCAACUGUUCCUAUUUAAUAAAAGUUCCUUAUUAGGCAGCCUCAGAAUCCUUCUAUUGAUUCAUUUUUCUUCCUAUUUCUCCUUCCACACACGUCUCAGGAAAAACUGCAUCUGUUUUUUCCAAACUGAGUUAGAAGAAUGCAAGGAGAUCUUCAUCUGUCCCUGAAUUUUACGAUUUUCACAGAAACACAUGAACUAGAAGGAAGGAUCAAAGGAGACGAGUGACGCUUUCUUGUUCUUCUGCUCAUAAGAAGCCAAAACAACGUUGCAACGUCUCCCGUGCUUUUGGGAAACAUCAAAAGGAUUGUUAAUCUCAGACAAGAUUCAUAAAACUGGUUGAAUUACCUUUUAUAAAAUAAUAUUCAGUAUUUAUUUAAUUGCCUUGCUGUUUUUUGUUUUUAGCACUCAUAUUUUCUUGGUUCUUUUUUUUUUCCCAAGAAUCUGCAGUUCUACAAGUAAAAUCUACACAAAGUAGACAUCCUCAACAACAAUGUAGAACCUGAUACCUAAACUGUUUUCUGACUUUGUGUUUGGUUAUCAGGACUAUUUGAGCGCUGCUUCUACAGGAGGUUACUCACAGGCCAUCCUGAUAUCAUGAAAUAAUGCCCAAAUUGUAGUAGGACAGCAUGCACUGUUUUGGAGCACGCAAAACAUAUCUGGUUAUUUAUUUAAUAGCAUCUUCUUGUAUUUCUUACAAAUAGGUUUUGAGUUGAUAUUUUCUGAGCACAUCAAAGGUCAUUAGCAGCAGAAGACCACAUCAAACCAUUUGUCAGCAUCCUGCUGAGAAACCAAUUAUUAACAAACUGACACAGAGAUACUUAUAUUAUUCAACUACCUAGGUAGACACCUACCCCGUGAUGGUGGGGGAAAAUGAUACUUCUAUUACUCCGUGAUAAGAUGCGUUCUUACUGCUGCCUGGCCUAUACAAAUAUGCAGUUGCUUCUGCAGUCUCACUUUCAUUAAUUAGAAAAUAAAUGAAAAAAAUUAAUCAUUACAAAAAAUUCUAUAACCUGGAACCAGGGAAUUAUGUCAGAAGGAAUUUCUGGGUGACAUCCAGACCAACAUCUUGCUCAGUCUCUUGGUCUUAUCAGAACGAGCAUUUCCCUGGUAGAACCUCUUGUCCACCACUUCUCAGCCUAUCAGCACCUCUCUGAGAAGAGCCACGUUCUGUUUCCUCCACACCUCCCUAAUAAGUACUGGUAGGCAGCGGUAAGAUUUCCCCUCCUUGUUUUCUUCUGAAGUCUGAAACAAAUGCAGCUCUCUUGCCUCUCCUUAUGUCACAUGCUCCAGCCCCUGACUAGCCUGGACUCACUGUAGUGUAAUCAACAUUUGUCUUCACUGUCUUUUCUGUAGCGAGGCCAGACCUUUAUUUGCACUGCUACAGGAGUGGCCAGAAGAACCACCUGGGGGUUUCCAGAACACUAAAUGGUCCUAUGAAAUUCUGCUAUUUAUAGAAACCUAGGAUCCUCAUUUAAGAGUGCAAGACUGAUGCCUAAAUUAGUAUUAUAAGUCAAGGGAAAUAGGAAUACUUUACCUUAGUAAAAUGGAUACAGGACACACAGAAGAAGGCAAUAGUGUGUAUUGACUGAAACAUCCUUGAAAGAUUUAGACCUACCAUCAUUUUAAUUAAUUCUCCUUUUAAAGCUUUAAAUUGCAGCCUAGUUUAAUCCGUAUAGAUUAUGGAUGCCAGAUACUCCACAUCUACAGACAGCUAAACUGACUGUGUCAGCUGCUAACACUUCAUGCCUGGAGGACUUGCAAUGGAAUCCAGUCCAAAGAUGCUAGCAAGGAUUAGAUAAGAGGCAAACUCCUAUUUCUUUUUGUAUCAGCUUAAUUCAGGUCAGACUGUUGGCUACACACCCUCCAGGCUUCAAUUACACCAGCCUAUCAACAGCACUUGUAUCAUCCUUCCAUCUCUAUUUACUUUGUAUUUCCUUUGUACUUCUUUUUUUUUAAUUCCAUCUUGUCAAAUUUUCAUUCAUAGUGAUGCCAUUUCCAUGCAUGAAUGUGGGCAUACAUGCCUCCCUACCCACAUAAGUGCAUGGAAAUAUACAUAUAUUUUUUUAAAAUCACAAUUAAAAUCACACUUUACAGUGGGAUUGGGUUAAAUUCCCAUUGUUUCACAAAAAUUAAUAAGCAGUUUCCUUUUAACAUCUUAACUGAAUGCAAAUCUUCAGUACAAGAACUGUAUAAGGUACCUAAGAACCUACUUUUCCGAUUUAAUAGUUCAGCAGUUCACAGAGCUACUUAUCCUUCUGUUUUACGCACACCGCUUGUUUUGUUCUUUUUCCAGCUUCUGAUGAGUUACAUUCACGUGUCCCUCAAUAUUAUGAGCUACAAAAUGUGGGAAAGAGCUAAGAACAGCUAGACAUUGACUCAACCAGUCCCUGAAGAUAACUUAGAUGUUCCUAUGAAAUGGCUGAAUUAGCAAGACAGGAAGCACACCACUGCUUUAUUUUAUAGCAGCAGUUAUUUCUGCAGAGAAGAGAAACAAGUAGAUGGAGACUAUUUUUGCUUGUCCCAGUGAGUGCCAUCUGCCCUGUACACAACCCCUUUGGGAACUGAAUGAGAAAUAGUGCUCUAAUGCAAUUCUAAAUGGAAAAUAACAGUGCAACUGACAUGAAAAAGUUAUUUCAAAAAACAAAAACCACCACAGGAAUGUAUUUCUAAAUACAUUUCUUUAUACUGUGCAAAGACAAUCAAUACCACUAUAUCUGGAUACACUCAGACCAAAUUGCGCUGCAAUUCUGCAAUACACUAACUGAGCUAGAUGCCUUUGAUUUUUUUCCCCACCAGAUGCAAUUAAUCUAUCACAAGGGACUACCAACUUAUUUUCACAUUGCUAGAUUUAGAAAUACGUGGAUUUGUUCCAUCCCAGCUUAAUAUCACUGCUGAGAUUAACUGUUAAAGUGCAACCAGAGGUCUGAACUUUAAAGUGAAAAAAGAUGAUUUACACAGUAGAAAAAAAAAUAAAACCUGAUAAUGACACCACUGAUACUAUUCCAUUAAAUAAUCUCCCCUAACUGCUGCAUUUAUGGAGCCACAUUUUUGUUCCAAAGGCAGAGUAGAAUCAAGCCCAUAAUCAAUACAGGGAAAAAUUUGCUAUGGCCAACGUGCUCUUUCACACACACACACACACGUGUAUAUAUAUAUACACACGAAUACAAACACACAUGCAUAUGUGUAUGCAUACACAGAAACACCACCCCAUCUCCCAUUCCUGUUCUUACUUUUAGAAAAGAAGGUACGUAGCAGCCAUCUUUCCCUACCCAGCCCUUGAAACAGAAGGCAUUACUGUAGUUCUGUGAAGGAUUAUCUCACGCACAGUUGACAGAAGCAAAGACCAAAACACAACAAACACCACCUGCUGACACAGCGUCCCCCACGGCAGAAGUGUCCACACAAGCAUCCUUAUCUGUGAGAGAAAUGUGUUUCUGGGCUAGCCCUUCCUUUUCACACGACAAAGAUGUCUAACCAGACAAACAGACAAUAGUUAUUUCAAAUAAAUGUAAGCCAUACAUUAAAUCCUGAAAGAAAAAUUCAAUCUUCAGUAAUACUCAGGAAGACAACUGCCUAGGCAUACGCAAGUAAAUAAUUCAAGUAGUUUUCAGCUUUAUAUUGUUAGAAAACUGCAAAACAAAUCUAAGUAACAUGCUGAAGAAUCUUCAAGAAGAAAGACAUCAAGACUUGAGCAGUUUGUUGUGGUUUUUUUUUUUUUAAACACAAGGUUCUAUUAUUACACUGACAUCAUGAAUAUCCAGAA